AUGGAGUCCAUCUUGGCCCGAGCUCUGGAAUACACGCUCAAGUAUUGGCUGAAAUCGUUCAGCAGAGAUCAGUUCAAAUUGCAGGGGCGCACCGCACAGCUGUCUAAUUUAGAUAUAAACGGAGAUGCGUUGCAUGCUAGUGUGGGAUUACCGCCGGCGCUGAAUGUGACCACAGCCAAAGUUGGCAAAUUGGAGAUUAUUCUUCCCUCGGUGAGCAAUGUACAAGUAGAUCCAAUUGUGGUGCAAAUCGAUAGGCUUGACCUAGUGUUGGAGGAAAAUGAUGAUGUAGAUGCAUCUAACAACUCAAGCAGUACUCCAUCCUCAAUAAGUACGGGCAAGGGUAGCGGGUAUGGAUUUGCAGACAAGAUUGCAGAUGGAAUGACAUUACAAGUCCAGACUGUGAAUCUUUUACUUGAAACUCAUGGCGGAGCUCGACAAAGAGGAGAAUCAAGUUGGGCAUCACCUAUGGCUUCCAUCACUAUUCGCAACCUUCUGCUCUAUACAACAAAUGAAAGCUGGGAGGUUGUGAAUCUUAAGGAAGCCAGGGAUUUUUCAAGUGACAAGAAUUUCAUCUAUGUCUUCAAAAAACUUGAGUGGGAACAUUUGUCUAUUGACCUCCUGCCUCAUCCAGAUAUGUUCUCGGAUGCAAACUUUUCCAAGUUUGAGAAAGAGGGUAAUAUAAAAGAUGAAGAUGGUGCAAAACGAGCUUUCUUUGGAGGGGAGCGGUUCAUUGAGGGGAUCUCAGGAGACGCCUAUAUUACAAUUCAGAGGACUGCUCUAAACAGUCCUCUAGGGCUGGAAUUUCAAUUACAUAUAACAGAAGCUGUUUGCCCUGCCUUAAGUGAACCAGGAUUACGAGCUCUUCUCCGCUUCUUUACGGGAUUGUAUGUUUGUUUAAAUAGGGGAGACGUGCAUCCAAGUGCGCAGCAUCGUUCUGCAGAAGCAGCUGGUCGUUCAUUAGUCUCUAUAAUUGUGGAUCACAUAUUUCUGUGCAUAAAGGAUGCUGAAUUCCAGCUAGAGCUUUUGAUGCAAUCACUAUUCUUCUCUCGGGCAAGUGUAUCUGAUGGAGAAAAUGCCAAGUACUUGACUCGGGUUACUAUAGGGGGGUUGUUUUUGAGGGAUCCAUUUUCACGUCCUCCAUGCACCUUAAUACAACCUUUAAUGCAGGAUGCUUCUGACGAUAUAAUACAUAUCCCGGAGUUUGCUGAGAACUUUCUUUCUCCUAUAUAUCCCCUAGGGGACCAACAUUGGAAAUUAAACUGUAGUGUGCCUCUGAUCUCUCUUCACUGUCUCCAGUUUCGACCCUCCCCAAAUCCACCAACUUUUGCUUCCAGGACUGUUGUUGACUGUCAGCCACUUAUGAUUCAUCUUCAGGAAGAAUCCUGUUUCAGGAUAUCAUCAUUUUUGGCUGAUGGAAUUGUAGUUAAUCCCAGUUGUGUACUGCCAGACUUCUCGAUAAAUUCCUUUCUCUUAAACCUUAAAGGGUUAGAUGUUGCCAUCCCAGUUCAGAUGGAGAAUCCCACACAGCUGUCCCAAAGUAGUAGUACAGCACUCCAAGAUAUCUUUUCUGGGGCAAGGCUCCAUAUUGAAGAUUUCAUGUUUUGCGAGGAACCCUCUCUGAAAUUAGGUUUACUCAACCUUGAUAAGGACCCUGUGUGCUUUUGUCUCUGGGAAAACCAACCGGUUGAUGCCAGCCAGAAGAAACUAACUGCGGAAGCUUCUUUGAUUAGUCUGUCUCUGCAGACACAGUUGGGGUCUCAAGUGGAUUCAGGUCUAUGGAGAUGCGUAGAGAUGAAAGGGAUGUGUUUUGAAGUGGCAAUGGUUACUGCAGACGGUAGUCCUCUAAUGAAUAUCCCACCUCCAGGUGGGGUUGUCCGGGUCGGACUUUCUUGUCAGCAAUAUAUAUCCAACACAUCAGUUGAGCAAUUAUUCUUUGUUCUGGAUCUAUAUGCAUAUUUUGGUGCAGUUAGUGAGAGGAUAGCUUUAGUAGGGAAAAACAAAACCUUGAAGGGAGAUAGAAAUGAGCCUUUUAGUGGAAACAUUAUGGACAAAGUUCCUGCUGAUACUGCUGUAACUUUAGCAGUGAAGGAUUUGCAGCUAAGGUUUCUAGAUUCUUCUUCCAACCGUCAGGGAGUUCCCUUAGUCUGUUUUAUGGGCAAUGACCUAUUUAUCAAAGUGGGACAUAGAACUUUUGGUGGUGCAAUGGCAAUUUCAUCCAAUAUACGUUGGGAGAGAGUCGAGGUGGAAUGCACAGACACCGUGAACAACAUCCGAAAUUUGGAGGGGUCACACUCAACAAUUCCCAAAAAUAGACUUCCCGGUAAAGAAUGUGGUCAGUUACGAGCUGUUUUUUGGGUUCAAAAUAGUAGAAUUUAUCAGUCAAACCGCCCUACUACCGUGCCGUUUCUUGAUAUUUCCAUGGUCCACGUCAUCCCAUAUAGCGCGCAGGAUAUUGAAUGCCACAGUUUAAACAUAUCAGCCUGUAUUGCUGGUAUCCGGCUUGGUGGUGGAAUGAAUUAUGCAGAAUCCUUGCUUCAUAGGUUUGGGAUUCUUGGGCCUGAUGGUGGGCCAGGGGAGGGUCUCACCAGAGGAUUAGAGCGUUUAUCUGGUGGACCUUUGUCAAAGCUCUUCAAAGCAUCACCGCUUGUUAUGGAUGGACUUAAAGAGAAUGGGAAUAUGGAACAUGGAAAGGAGAAAGAGCUAUUGCAUUUGGGUGCACCUGAUGAUGUGGAUGUAUCAGUUGAAUUGAAAGAUUGGUUAUUUGCACUUGAAGGCGUACAAGAGAUGGAAGAUAGAUUCUCUGAAGAUUAUCAAAGAGAAGAGAGGAGCUGGCAUACUACGUUUAGGAGUGUGCAUAUCAAAGCGAAAAGCAGCCCCAAGUAUGUGGCUGUCAUCAUAAAACCAAGCGGAAAGCAGAAAUAUCCUGUUGAGUUGAUUACUGUUGGCAUGGAAGGUUUGCAGAUAUUAAAGCCCAGGCCUCAUCAGGAAUUAUUGUCAAACGGGACUAAUGAAGGGAUCCUGCAGAAUGGUUUGCCCAGAGGUGGAAAGCAAAUUGUUGAGAGACAUGGUGGGGUCAAUGUAGAAGUUGAUAUUGUGACUUCUGAAGAAGAAGAUGAUGGUGCAACAGUGAAGUUGGCGGUGGAAAAUUUGAAGUUCUCAGUGGAUGAGCCGAUCGAGGCUGUAGUGAAGAAGGAUGAGCUGCAACAUCUAGCUAUGCUGUGUAAGUCGGAGGUCGACUCUGUGGGUAGAAUUACUGCUGGGGUUUUGCGAAUUCUCAAAUUAGAAGGAUCUGUUGGCACAGCAGCCAUCAGUCAACUAAGUAACUUAGGAAGUGAAAGUUUUGACAAGAUUUUUACACCCGAUAAGCUAAGCAGGGGGAGCAGUCCAUCCCCUUUGGCGGCCGAUCCAAGUGCUGAUGUCACUGAGUCAACGGUGGCUUCUAUUGAAGAGGCAAUUCUCGAUUCACAGACAAAAUGUGCUGCACUGGCCCUUGAAUUGAGUCGCUCGGAUACCUCUACUCCCGAAUGCCUUGAUAACGUCAGACAGCUAAAUGAGAAACUAGAAAAUGUGCAGAAGUUACUAAACCAAUUAAGAACCCAAUUUUGA